AAGAGAGAGAGAGAAUUCCCGGGCGUUUCCUGCCGUUUCUCCCCGGGGGAGGGGAGGGGGGGCGUUAACGGGGUUUUAAGCCCCUCGGCGCGUUUCUCGGACCACCUGACGGAGGAUUCCAGCUCCGGGAGCGAAAUGAAAGACGAGGAGCUCAUUCAGGAGGAAGACGAUAUGCCCUCCGGCAGGUGCAGACCGAACGGCCGGAUGGGAACCAAUUGCAUUAAAUGCCAGAAGAACCUGACGCUCCAGCACUCGGUGAAGGUUCUUUAUGUCAUCAUCGUGGUUCUGAUCGCGGCGGUCAUCAUACUGGCUUCAUUAGUCUUCAGGAAAGUCAACUCUUUGUACAACGACCUGAGCACGGCCCAGAAUUAUUACGAGGAGAAAAUUGUUUCCGUGCAGGAAAACCUCCAAGAACUCGAUGAUAAAUCUUUGGGCAAUUGUUCCUACUGCCAUGAUGCCACCCGCUUGGGCGAGGAGAUCAACAAGCUCCACACGGAGCUGGAGGAGAUCCAGAAGAUGCUUUUGGUACAAGAAAUGCUUCUAGACAGGACUUCUCAAAGCCACCAGCUUCUCACGUCGACCAACAGCAGAAUGGAUGGCGAGAUCCAAAGAAGCGACUUCUCUCUCCGACAGAUCAACCAGACGUUGGGGCUCUUCCUGUCGCAGGUGAGAGUUUGGCAGGCGGCGGCUAGCGAGCUGGACACCUCGGUGAAAAAGCUGGUCCAGGAACGUUACGACAUCACGGCUGCGGUUCAGCAAAUAAAUUUCACGUUAGGUCAAACAUCGGAGUGGGUGAACGUUAUCCAAAGGAAAACCGACGAGGAGACACUAACGCUGCAAAAGAUUGUGAGUGACUGGCAGAAUUACAGCAGAGUCGUCUACGGGUUUAAGGCCACAUCGGCCAAAACGGCCGAGCUUUCCAAGAACAUUCAGAACAGUAUCGGAGCUACGGCCCAGAGGAUCAGCCAAAACACUGAGGUCAUGCACGAUUUGGUUCUGCAGGUGAUGGGCCUUCAGUUACAACUGGACAACGUCUCCUCCUAUUUGGAUGACCACGAGGAGAACAUGCAGGAUCUUCAAUACCAUUCCAAAUACACACAGAAUCGGACGGUCGAGAGGUUCGAGAGCUUGGAAGGCAGAAUGUCUUCCCAUGAAACCGAGAUCAGCACCAUAUUCAUCAAUAUCAACGCCACGGACAACCACGUCCAUAGCAUGUUGAAAUAUCUUGACGACGUUCGACUCUCUUGCACCCUGGGAUUUCACUCGCACGCCGAGGAACUUUAUUACCUAAAUAAAUCCGUGACCCUCAUGCAGGGCACUACUGAUCUGCUAAGGGAAAGAUUUAGCCUCCUCAGCGCCCGGCUCGACUUUGACGUACGGAACCUGUCCAUGAUCAUGGAAGAGAUGAAAUUGGUGGACACCAAGCACGGGAAAAUUCUCGACGAUGUCACCUUUGUGAAAGGAUUGCCAGGCCUACCAGGACCAAGAGGAUUCAAAGGCGAUGUAGGAAUCAAAGGUUCUCUAGGUCCAAGAGGGGAAAAGGGAGACAGGGGUGAAUUAGGGUAUCCAGGCCCACAAGGAUCAGGAGGCCCCGCUGGAGAUGCUGGCCCCCAAGGAGAGAAAGGACCUACUGGAGUAAAAGGGACGCAAGGCAUCAAAGGAGAAAAAGGCAGUAUGGGUCCUCCAGGCUUAAGAGGCCAAAAAGGAGCAAAAGGUGAUGUUGGCCCUCCAGGACCGGAUGGUCCACCAGGUGCAAUAGGACCACCAGGGUUACAAGGACAACCUGGUUUUCCUGGACCUCGUGGGAUGAUUGGUAAACAGGGACCACCAGGUGUAAAAGGAGAACCGGGCAUUGAAGGCCCACCUGGUCUUCCUGGGCCACCAGGAAUACCAGCAAAAUCUUCUCUCUGAAGUAUAAUGGAGCUGUUUUGGAGAUAACCGAUUUUCCUCAUGAGAAACACCAAGGAACAUCUUGUGACUAUUCUGAAUGCGCACCCUUUCCUCACAAAUCAUCCUACCAAAAACACAACACUUAUUUUUUGGAAUCUACGCUUCUGGCCACCGGACGUCACAAUGUGGUCUACCAUACGUUGUGUUAAUCUAGAUCAGCAAAACUUGGGCAAUCAUCUUGAUAAAUAACUUGUCCAAUAUAUAUAUAUAUAUUGAAGAAUUUACAUAAGCUACAUAUCUAAUGCUUCACAUAUAGUGAGACGGCAUGUUAAAGGUAUUCCUUCCAUGGUUUGAUAGGAAGUCCAUUUGUUUUAGAAGACGUCGUCACCAUUUGCUUACCAGAAUAUGUUCCUGAAGAUCAAACCCUUAAAAAAAAGGUAUGGUUUUAGUGAGAAGCAAGUAUUAUGAAUUAUGUCACAUCAAGUAAUAACAGAUUGUCUAGAAGAAGGGGGGUGCUAGUCAUGCUCCAUAUACUGGUUUUUAGUGGUUUAUUCACUAGUUUAACUCAUUAUCACCUUUGUUGUUCACUGAGGAACCUCUGGCCAACUCAGGGGCUUAACUUGACAAUCUAUAGCUAUACUCAGGACUCUUCUGAGGUCCAGGUA